AUGGCAUCAUUUUUACCAGUAGAAUGCCUAGAAAAUAUAUUUUUAUACCUUCCUAAUAGAAUUCAUGCUGAUAGAUCCUGUAAAAAUGAAUCAACUGAAGAUUUACGUUCUUGUACGUUAGUAUCAAGACAUUGGUGUAGAGUUUCAACACCAAUCUUAUAUGCAUAUCCAUUUCCAAGUUAUUGUCGAAACUCCCCAGAUUUAGCAUUGUCUUAUAUUAGAUUGCUUCGUACCCUAUUAAGUUGUACUCCUAAAUCGGAAAUUGAACAGAUGAUCUUAACAGAUUCGCCUAGUCCAACGUUUAAUUAUAUCACUUUUAUUCGUGGUUUAAAUUUUGAUCUAGAAAUUUUAGAUCAAUUAAAUACUUUCAAAAAAUUAUGGUUACCCAUUUUUGUUUUAGAUAAUGUAAGGAAAGAUCAAAUUCCGAAAAUAAUUUCCUUAAUUUUAAAUAAUCUUGCAAAAUCCUUGAGUACAGAUUGUAACAAUAAUUUAACAAAAUUAGAAAUUACACUUACAAAUGAUAAUAUAAAGUUAUUUAAUAACAUCGUUGAACCAUUAACUAUUAAUUAUUGUGAUGAAAGAAGUAAAUUGACUAAACUAAAAGAAUUAUAUUAUAGCAAUAGUAUUAAUUAUGAUAGCAAAAUUGAUCCUUACCCUGCUUUUUUGGAUAAAAUUCGUAACUUAAAUUUACUUCACAACGAGGGAAAUAAUUCUAUCAAGAUAGCAAAUUCAUUAUCACGUUUUAUUUCUUUACAAAACAAGUUGCAACACAUUAUAUUAUCGGAAAUUCUAUUGGAUAAUGAUAAUGGUGACUAUUAUAAUAUUGUAUUCGAAUCAUUAUCAACACAAAGUGAAAAUUUGCAGAUAUUAAACCUAAAAAAUAUACCUUUUGAUAAAAUAAAUGGAACGGCAUUAGAUUCAUUAUGUUCACUUAAAAAUAUCAAAGAGUUAAAGCUACAAUAUUGCAUAGGAAUAGAUAAUGAUUCAAUUCCAUGGGCGAAGUAUCUUAGAAAUCUUGAAGUUUUUGAAUUCUCAACAUAUGAUUACGGUUUUGAAAAUUUUCUGAAUCAAUUAAUUCAGUCUUCUUCAACUACUUUAAAAAAAUUAAUUAUAAAUUAUCAAAGGAUAAAUGGUCAGGAUUGUCAAUCACUAUUUAAACAAAUUCCACUUCAUUUAAAAUCAUUAAUUCAUUUAGAACUUACUGAAAUUUAUCCAGAUGAGUUGAUUUUUAUAUUUGAAUCAUGUACUCAAUUAGUUUAUAUUAGUACAAUAUUAAAAUAUAAUAAAUCGUGGACUGAAGUAAAAUUUAAAAAUUUAGGCGAAUCAAUCCCUAAAAAUUUACAAAAGAUUCAGUUUAAAGAUGAGUUUGAUUCGGUAUUUAAAGUUAAUUACUUGGAAUGCUUCUUUAAAGAGUGUUUAAAUAAUAAUAGUAAAUUAAAAUAUUUAGAAAUUAUUGGAAGGUAUAAAAUCAGUCAAAAGUAUUUUAAUGUUGCUAAUAAAUUUGGUAUACAAUUAAUUGAUCAUAGUAAUAAAUGGCCAAUUCUAUAUAGAUAG